GUGUCCCAAUACAAGUGGGAAAUACAGGCUGGCUACGACACUGACUUUAUGAAGAGUUCAGAGAGCUCUGCGCUGCUUUAGCCUCCUGUUAAAUUUGCUCACAUGGAGAAACCACUGAUAUCAAGUGAUUACGGACCCAGCUAUGGCACAGUGAAUGCCCCUACAGCAGCGGCAGCAGCGGGGUUCCCAGCCAUGGCGGCUGCCCCCGCUGCAGCCACUAAUGCUCCGUCAGCUCCCCCCGCCAGUAUGUUUGACAGCGUGCCGGGCUACGAAGGGACAGUGGCAGGUGGAGGAGGUGGGUACCUUCCUCCGCCUAUGCCAGCAGUGCCGAUGCCCGUACCAGAGGCUGGCCCUGCUCAGCCCAAUUGGAACAUUCCUUCUAUCUCAGAGGACGCUGCUCGUGAGGCCUUUGUGAACUUUGCCUCUAGUAAAUGCUGCUACAGCACUGGUCCAGCCAAAGAUGGAGUCAUCACCAGCAUGGAGCCUUUUAACACCUACAGGUAUCGCUUGGAGACCUUCACAGAGUCCAGAUCUACAGAAUGGCUUCAUGAACCCUAUUCCAAUCAGCCUUUAGAUGCAGGUAUGCAGCGUGCACCAGGACCAUGGGAGAUAGCAGCCCAGAUGCCAGGCUUCUUCCAGGACACCAUACAGAACAUCAAAGUGCCCUACACCUCCUCAGCUAAGAUGUGUCACGCGUGUGUGGGCAUGGGGAGGGUGCCGUGCAAGGACUGUACUGGUUGCGGAAGUAAAGUUUGUUGGGUGUGUAACGGCAGUGGUUUUCGCCAGACCAAUGAUCGCUGCAUGCACUGCAACGGCCGCGGAAGAGACAACUGUUUUAAGUGCAGUGGGAAGGGCACUAAUGAGUGCAGCACCUGCCGUGGGAGAAGCCAGCUUCUUGUAUUUAUCAAUCUCAAGGUUCAGUGGACCAAUAAUAAAGAAGAUUUUGUGGUGGAGCAGUCGAGCGGUCUGAGAGUGGAGAACUUCAGUAAAGUCUCCGGCAGGGAAAUGUUCAAAGACUCCCAGUUUAUGCUUUACCCAGUGAUGGGUUUUCCGGACCCUGCAGUGGCUCAAGCUUCUGAGCGCUUGAUAAGAGAACACAUGUCCAAAUAUGGACAGAUGGCCCGCAUUCUUCAGCAGCGUCACACGAUUGAGCUGAUCCCUGUAACGCGAGUGACCUACGCAUGGAAAGGGAAGAGUCAUCUGUACUUCGUGUUUGGGAAUGAGAUGAGUGUGAAUGCGGAGGACUACCCGGCCACCUGCUGCUGCUCAGUGAUGUAGUUCAACACAGUGAACAAAGUCCUGGAGAUGAAGAAAUGGAAUUUAGCACAGUGUCCUGUCCUUACAUACACACAGUUCAGCACAGUGUAAUCAGUAACUGGGAUUUUUUUUUUUUUUGCGUUAACUCAAUUCAGAUUAGUCAAAAACACACUUUUUACCUCUGCAUAUCAGCUUGGUCAACAAUGCAUAUUCAAGCUCCGAGUGCUCCAGCGGGCUAAGCUCUAUAUGCCACUAUAAUCAGGAGAUCGUCUGUUCUAAUCCUGUUUAUGUAGCUUGCCAUCAGCUGCUGGAGCCCUGAGAGAGCACAAUUGGCCUUGUUCUUUCUGGGUGUGUAGAUGGCACAUCUAGAGUGAUGUCUGCAGCACAAACCGAGUCUCUGCGGUUUCCUCUGAGCGAACUGCGAUGCUACUCGGCAUGCUACUCCGACAUGUGUCGGAGGAGGCAUGUGCUAGUCUUCACCCUCCUGGUGUUGGGGCAUCACUAGUGAUAGGGGGAGUCCUAGAUAGUGGGUUGGGUAAUUGGCUCUGUAACAUUGGGGUGAAAAUGGGAUAACAAAAAAAAAAAAACUAAA